UGGCUUCAUUUUGCCGCUUGCUUUACUACUCCGGCCCCGCUGUUGCCGCUGCUCCGGCUUUCUUGUCACCGAAGGCCAGUCAGACGCAUAUUAGCGUAACUUACAGUUUAUCUAGAAAUGUCGGACGACAAGAAGGAUGUGAAACCGGACAAUGAACACAUCAACCUGAAGGUUGUCGGUCAAGAUGGAAGCGUUGUGCACUUCAAAAUCAAGAAGCACACGCCACUGCGGAAGCUCAUGACGACGUACUGCGAUCGUGCGGGUCUGAGCAUCCAGAAUGUCAGGUUCCGGUUCGACGGCCAGCCGAUCAAUGAGACGGACACACCAGCGGGCCUCGACAUGGAGGAUGAUGACACCAUCGAUGUGUUCCAGCAGCAGACGGGUGGCCACCUCAGCACCACACAAAGAGGGCAUGCACUGUGACAGUUGCCAGCUUGAGCGACUGUGUUGGGCGGGCGAAAUGCGGCGCCCCAUUGACAGAUUUUUUUGUACAUAUUGAUCGAGUAAACACACGAGUUACAAAACAAAGCAGAAACGAAACUAAAGCACUUCAUGCAGCCUGUCUCUAGAAUUUACUGAGAAGGCUGACAUAGGUCUUAUUUUUAUCCUCUUUAUGUACAGUGUUGCCAGUUCGUCAACCCCCUUUUUUGUGCGUGUCAUCAUUUCUGUUUCCUCUUCAGUAUGCCCUGCCUGCUUGUUCCCCACCACAUCUUUGCUGCCUGCCUGUUUUCUCUUCAAAUGCCUCCCGAAGACAAAUUCUCUCACUCGUCUCUGCAUUGUUUUACAGUAAACACGUAAACUUUUCAUUGUGCUUGCGUCCGUGUCAUCAAUAAAAGUGUUCUCGGCAUA